AUGGAGCCACAUUCUCAAGGUCCGUCUGCGCCACUGAGGAUCCUUUCACUGGAUGGUGGUGGCGUUCGCGGCAUCUCUAGCCUUCUUAUCCUCGAGCAUUUGAUGGAAGAGAUCCGCAAAACCAAAGGCCUUGAGCAUGUUCCACGACCGUGUGACUACUUCGAUAUCAUUAGUGGAACGAGCACUGGAGGAAUCAUUUCCAUCAUGUUGGGAAGGCUCCGCAUGACUGUGGACGAGUGCAUCCGAGAAUACCGGGAUGUGGCUCAAAAGGCCUUCACACCGAAGCGAAAAUCGAUUCUGCCUGCCUCGCCAAGCGGUGUAUUUUCCGCAACAGCACUUGAAAAUGCCAUCAAGUCGACAUGCCGGAAAUUCUGCCCAGAAGAAGUGUGUGCUGCUAGGCGGCAGCAAAGCAAACCAAGAACAGGGACCUGCCCUCACGGCGAGAUGAAAUUCCGAGAUGGAACUUGUACCAAGACUGUCGUUCUAGCUAUUACGAAGGAUAAUGUGGAUGCUCCGCCAACCCUUUUCACUACCUACGAUACGUCAGCCGACUUUCGAGAUUGCGCCAUCUGGCAGGUGGCCCGAGCAACUUCUGCGGCUACUACUUUCUUCAAGCCUAUUGGGGUUGGCCGCGAUGGAGUUGAAUUUGUAGACGCGGGGUUUGGGUAUAACAAUCCCUGCGAAAUUUUAGUCAACGAAGCCCGACGACAGUUCCCGUCGCGGACCAACCUUCAGGUCCUCAGCAUUGGCACUGGGCUUGGUGACGUUGUUGAUAUUGGUGACACAAGAAUGGGUAUCAUUCGCGCGUUAAAGAGCAUGGCGACUAGCUCGAAGAAGGUGGCUGCAAGCAUGGAUGAGCAGUAUGGUGGCAGCGAUCAGUACUUUAGAUUCAACGUGGAAAAGGGCCUCGAAGACGUUGUUCUAUCCGACUGGGAGAAAGCGAGCAAGAUUUCCGCUCACACCAAGAACUACAUUCAAGAAAGGCGAAGGGCAAUUGAGGCUUUCGUUCGCCACUUUACGAGAGGUGUUGAGAAACAGGAGGCUACAGUACCUGAACUUGGCAGAGAGAUUGAAGAUGAGUCGAAAAGUUAG